AUGGCCAAUGGCAGCGGCGGCGGCGGCGGCGGCGGUGGCGGCGGCGGCUCCAGCUACUACGCGGGCGGCGGCGGCAGCCUUAGGAUGAGCAGCCCGGCCGGCGGCGGCGGCGGCGGCGGCGGCAGCCUGAGCGCGGCUUCUUCCUCGGCGCCCGCCCGCGCCUCCAACGCGCUCAUCAUCCCGCUCACCAUGGAGGUGCCCUGCGACAGCGGCCAGCGCAUGUGGUGGGCCUUCCUGGCUUCCUCCAUGGUCACCUUCUUCGGGGGCCUCUUCAUCAUCCUCCUCUGGAGGACCCUCAAGUACCUGUGGACCGUCUGCUGCCACUGCGGGGCCAAGGAGAAG